ACAGUUUCUAUAUCAUUCUUUCUGGAAGAGUUUCCAUCUACGUCAACACAGAGGCGGUCAGGGAGGAGAACGAUGAGGCGCAAAAAGAAGGCAUGUCCACAGUUAAAUCUGUCAUUACAGAACAGAAAAAGCCCACCACUCGGGAGAAGUUCGGAAAUCAUGUCGCUACCCUGACCGAUGGCGCGAGUUUUGGUGAGCUGGCCCUAAUCAACAAAGAUUGCGUUCGCAACGCGUCUGUCAUUGCCGACUGCCCAACGGAAUUAAUCGUCAUCAACCGGGCCACCUACAACAUUUCGUUGCGAGAGAUGCACCUAGAGGAAUUCCGUCAACGUCAGAAGUUCGUGGAUAGUUGUCCUAUUUUUGAUGGAUGGCACCACAGUCUGAAAAGACAAGUUACAAUGUCUCUGAAGCGUAUCGAGCUUCCAUACAAUACUCAGGUGGUUCGUCAGGGUGAGACAGUCAAUGGUCUGAAAUUCCUACUAAGUGGACAGGUGCUCGCUUCGGUGGACAUCUUACUUCACCAGAAACAGUACCCAAACAUGAUGCCAAAAUCGAAAUCCGUCUGUCAAGAUUCUAGCGUGCACCUGGAAGGAGCACUUCAUGCGGAGUGUCAUUUAGAGCCACGAACAGUCUUGGAAGAGACGGAAAAACUGAAGCAGACUCUCCGUCAAAAGCCCAUAUCGCGGUUGGGUUACAACCUCGGAGAGCGUCGGAACAUCCUGCGACACUUGGACCUGGCCAUCUACACACAGGGAGCUGUUUUUGGUAUGCAAAAACGUUACUUUCGUUUCUACCAAUCCUCCAAAUUCUGA